AUGGGGGCCGGGCAAGAAAUAAGGAAGGGUAGCAAGACAAUAGUGCCGUCGGAGAAGGAGCUCUUCGUGGCCGUGGAGUCCGGGGCCGCCAGCGUCUUCGCCUCCCUUUCCCCCGCCGACCUCGCCGCUGCCCUCUCCCUCCGCAACGAGGACGACCACUCCCUCUUCCACGUCGCCGCCGCCUCCGGCCACACCAAGGCAAGCGCCGCCGCCUCCCGCUGCGGGGGGCGACGCCUGGCGAGCAUCGUGAACGGGAAGGACGAGGAAGGGUGGGCGCCGAUUCACUCAGUGGCCAGCAGCGGCAACGCCGAGAUCGUCGACAUCCUGCUCGAACAUGGUAUGAGACCCUGCCCUUGUAUUGCUCCUGGAAAUGUUUGUUCUUAA